UGGCUGGCCAUGUUGGAUAUUUUUGAUUGUUAGUCUUUUGUGGAUUUGUAUUUUCACCUGUGGGAUAUUCUAUAAGAAAAAGUCAUCCUGAGCAAGAGGCAUGAAGUAUUUCAGUAUACCUUUAAGCAAGAGGGAUGACUCAGGUUCCUGCUGACUACGUGUCGACCGCCAGCUCCUACAACUAUGAGCAGAGCCUUCCCACCGUGGGUCGGACAAGCACUGUCACCAAGGUACCCCCCGCCAAGAAAAUAACUUUCUUCAAGAGCGGAGAUCCUCAGUUUGCGGGGGUCAAGAUGGCCAUCAACCAGAGGAGCUUCAAGAGCUUCAAUGCACUCAUGGAUGACCUCUCUCAUCGGGUCCCACUGCCAUUUGGGGUACGGACCAUCACCACCCCACGAGGAAUACAUUGCAUCAGUGAGCUGGACCAGUUGGAGGACGGCGGCUGGUACCUUUGCUCUGACAAGAAGUACGUCAAGCCUAUCACCAUCGCCCCUGGGGGGCACAAGCCAGGCCCUCCGCGAAGCGGCCGUCCCUCCAGCAGCUUGAGAAGAGCAGCUCAGGAGGGCAAGUUUGAAGAUUAUUCCACCACCUUCACUCACCAUGGCCCCAGAAUACCUAAGAAAAUCACUCUAGUCAAGAACGGAGAAAGCGGUUUCCGGCGUUCCAUUAUCCUGAACCGCAGGAACGCCAGGAGUUUCAAAACCCUCCUGGAUGAGAUUUCCGAGAUCUUGCAGUUUCCAGUGAAAAAGCUCUACACUGCUGAUGGGAAGAAGAUCGACAGCAUGCAGGCUCUGCUUCACUGCCCCAGUGUGCUGGUGUGUGUUGGCCGGGAGCCAUUUAAGCCUAUAUCGAUGGAGAAUUUGAGGAAACACUCAGUGGAGAAGCUGCCUGAUGUAGCUCCUCGUUCCAAUGGCAACAAUGGCAACACAAACAAUGAAAUGGACUUCGGCCUGAAAGCCAGAAAAAGUGUUAUCCAUCCACGGUCAGCAUCAAGCAAUAGGUCGAUGAGAUUUUCUUUGUCAUCAGAAAAGUCGUUCCCUAACUGCCUUGCUGCCUCACCAGAUAAUGGUGCACCUUUCUCAAAUAAUUUCUCACAUUCAAAGCCUGGGGACCUUGUCCACUCCUUGGUCAAUGACGACAUAGAAAAACGGGUGCACGUGAACAAGGACGGCAGCCUGUCUGUGGAGAUGAAAGUCCGCUUCCGCUUGCUCAACGAUGAGACUUUGCAGUGGUCCACCCAGAUCAAAAAGUCCAAUCUGAUGAACCAGAUGCCUUGUGAAGAGUCAGGGGUAGAGGAGGACAGUGCAAUAGACCCCAUACAGAAGAUGAACCCAGAAGCCAGCUCAGAGGCGGAUGAGUCGCUGUAUCCCUGCGAUAUCGAUUCUUACAUGUCAAAGCUUGAGGAAUCGGAAUGCGACGAGGCUCAUUGUCACAGCUGUGGAAAGAAACACCAGGACUAUGACAUUUGGAAGAACCCCAUGCACACAGCCCAGAGGGGAGAGCCUGCUGUACGAAGCACUUGGCACACACGGUCCUCGUGCUCCAGCACAUCCUCCCGCAGGAGAGUAGUCCAUAAAAAAAUGGCUUCUGUGGAUAGCCUCCGCACCACAUCCAGUGGGGAAUUCUCUGAGCACAUUGUGCAAGAGUGCUCAUCCUACUCAGAGACUAUAGAGAACAGAGUGGCAUAUAGAUCCAUUAAAAGGUGUAUGUGUCGAAGUGAUUUGUCUACAGGUGCUUCCAAUGGAGAGGACCAGCAGGAAAACACUCGGACAAGCACGAGCAAUAGUCAGAGACAUUCAUCCUUGGGUUUAAUGUCACAUUCAAGCUGUGAAAACAACCUGGAUACUAAAGAUGCCCCUGAAGACCAUGGGGCCAGCAAAACCAAUUCUCAGAUUGGAGAAGAAAAUUGUUUUGAAGUUUCCUCUGUGAAAUGUUUAAAGGAUGAUGCAGAAGAAGUUGAAAGCAGCAGAGUUGGGAGUGUCAUGUCUAGGUCAUCUCUGCAGUCCAGGCAGAGCAAGAAGAAUAUAGGUGAGGAAACAAGUAGUGUGGGUAGGAGUAUGUCCUCCUCAAGCCUUCAGAGGGCAAAUCAAGAAGAUAACACUAAGUGCUCCACUCCUGCCAACAGUGUGCACAGCAAAUCCAGUAACUGUUCCACACCAAGAGCAAAAAGUGAACAGGAUGACCACUCUGAUGACAACGCAGUGAUCUCCUCCUUCUCCAGUGAGUCCAACCCUAAGAAACAGGGUGAAGAGGUUGAAGUAGAACAAGAAGAAAGCGAAAUCAAUGAAUUCAGCUCAGUGUCAGCAAAAACAAAGCCCAGUCAGUCAGUUAAAGAUGAGAGCAGUGACGGUGAACAGUGCUCCACACAAGGCACCUCCCAUUCCAGAGCUAGUGACAGGAACAACAAGAAAAGUGACAGCGAUGAGAAUGCUGUGUGCAAUGUCUCUUGCUCUUCCAGAGGAUCCAAAAAGAGUGAACACAGCCAUGCUCAUUUGGAUGCACGGUCUGAAAUGUCUGUGUCUUCGCUUGGAUCCUCUCCAAACAAAAAGAAGAAUUCCCUACAUGCAGAUGAUAUGAGAUCAUGCAGCAGGGCAUCUAAUUACUCCAAAAGCUCGUGUGGAACCAAGAAAAAAUCAAUCAGAGACCCCACGUCUCAUAACUCAGGAUCUUUCCAGUCAAACAUUUCAUCCACUAGUGAAGCAGAGGCAGCUGCAGGUUUCACUGAGGAGAAAAGCUCAAAAAGCACCACCAAUGGCUACAGCGAAUCUUCAAGAAGCUCAAAGAAGAGAAGCCAUAGAGAAGAAAAUAGCAGGCCAUCAUCCCUCUGCUCAGGUGCUUCACGUUCUAUUGGAAAAGCUAGAGAGGGGGAUUCCAAGAUUAAUUCAGAGAAUCCUUCUUCAAGACAGGGAAGUAUGAGUGAGAGUGUGUGUUCAAAAUGUGACCCGGCAGCUGAGAGUGGGAUUAGGAAUGGAAAUUCUGCAAGUGUCUCUUCAAGAGUGUCUUCAAAGUCAGAAAUAAAGGAUCAUUGCUUAUUGACACAGAUGUCCCAGGAAAGCAGUGACAGGUGCUCACAGUCAAACAUGUCUCAAUCUUCAAAAUCAAGGCAGAUAAAAACUAGAAACCUUCGUGUGAGGAUGUCAAACUCCAGCCGGGCAUCGUUGUCUGAGACUUUGUCAGUUCGCAGCUUGCAUUGCCCUGCCCCACCAAAAGCCAAGCCAAAGAGCAAAAAAUUACCUUCAGCCAUGUUGAAGAACUCCUCUGUCAGCAGCAUAGGUAGUGAGUCAGUGCUGACCACAGAGAAAGAGCCAAAAAAAAUUUCAGAAACCUCCAAAGCAACUUCCUAUGGGUCUAAAUCAACUGCAACCAAAACAAAUGAUCAGAAGAAUAAAGAGGCCGAAGAUUCUUGCAGUAGGAAAGCGGAGGAAGAGUUAGAAAGCAAGGACAUGAAGGAAGAAGAGAGUGAAUUAAUGCCAUCUACUCUACCAAAUGCAUCUCCAGAAGAGGUUGUGCAAGAAUGGUUAAGAAAAAUUCCUUCAGAAACCUUGCUUAUGAAAUAUGAAAUGGAGGAUUAUGCAGAAGAGGAAUCUGUAGAGGCAACCACUGAGGUAUCAUGCAGUACAAACACAGAGGGAACCUUAGAGGAUAAAAAGGCUGAGAAAAAGAAUGUGGAGGAGACUGAAAAUGAGGCAAAGGUUGAGGUAGUAAAAGAAAUAGCAGAAGAAGCUGAAGAAGAGGUUGAAGAAGGGGACAAAGAAGAGACUGAAAAGGAAGAGACUGAAAAAGGGGUUGAAGAAGAGGCUGUAGAAGGGCCUGAAGAAGAGGCUGUAGAAGGGGCUGAAGUGGAAGCUGAAGAAUGCAUGAAUCAAGAACAGGUCUCUGAGGUAGUGUCUGAAGCUGCCAAAGCUGACCAGGCAGAAUGCAACGAGUCACUUGCAUCCAGCCAAAAUAAUAACAAAAGAGACCUGCCAACCUCUGUCCAGACCUCUGUCCAGAUCAUGAAGGCUUUGCUCAGUUCAAAACAUGAAGCAAAGUUUGAUCGAUCACACAGUCUUCCCGAAGUGUCUCCCACUAUGGGGAGAAAACUAAGUAACUCUGCCAAUAUUUUGAUUACUUGUCUUGCCAGUCUCCAGCUCCUUGAUGAAGAGUCAGAAGAUCCAUCAGAUAAAUCAAAAGGUUUGAAUAAGCCAAGGUAUAUGGAGCUGCUAAAUAUUUUUCAAGCCCUGUGGUUUGGCUGCACAGCUGACAAUAGUGACCCAAGUUUAGGUCAAGAGGUAAGGGAACAGGUAAAGACAGCCUCUGUGUUUAAAGCCCCAAAGUAUGUAGAUUAUGACUUCACUCCCAUGUCUUCCUCUGGAGUUGAUGUUAGCAGUGGUUCUGGUGGUUCAGGAGAAGAGAUCACAGCUGGUGCCACUUUAAUGGCACAGAAAAAUGCUGAGCUCAAAUCAGGUGGACAAAUGGAAAAUGUAGAGACAGGCACUGAAGUGACCGAGGCUGAGGAGCAAAGUAAAGAGGAGGAGCAGUCAUUGCCACCUUCAACAGCUUGUUCAGAGUCACAAGGUGAGGAAAAUGCACAGACUGUCAGAGAGGAUUCUCUAGCUCAGGAGGCAGAAGAGAAUAAGGAGGAUGACUGCAGUAACUGUGAAAAUGGUCAGGAGGAAAUAGAAGAAAAUGAGAGCAAAGAAAAGAGCACGUUAACUACAAAUGGAGAACAAGAAGAAGCUGAAGCUGUGAAUGAUGAAAUCCCCAAAGGAAAUCUUGAAGAGGAAGCUGAUCAGCUGGCCAUUACUGAUGAUGCAAAUGUCAAUGAUGCAGAUUGUGGGACAGAGAUGAAAGCUGAGCUGGAAGAGCAGCUUGAAAACGACUCUUCAAAUGACCCAGAGCCCAAAGUCAAUACAGCCAACAGUGUGGAAACAUCCCUUGUGCAACAAAACUCAGUGGAUCCAGACCCGGUCUGGGUCCUGAGACUGCUCAAGAAAAUUGAGAAGGAGUUUAUGACUCACUAUGUCAGUGCCAUGAAUGAGUUCAAAGUCAGGUGGAACCUGCAGAACAACCAGCAGACGGAUCAAAUGAUACUGGAGCUGAAGGAGGCCGUGAGCCAAAGGAUCCAAAAAAGCAUAGAGAAGGAGAUGAGGAAGAUCACAUCCAGAGCAGGGAACAGGACACCGAGGCCUCCAGCUGAACCACUCAAGCGUGAGUCAACGCUCCAAACUGAGCAGAGGCGGCGGCGGCUGCAGACUAUGCACAGAAAGUCACACUUCAAUGACAAGAGUGCAACCCACACUAGGCUAGAGGACACAUUAGACUUAUCAUUUCAUGUGGCUGAAGACAUAGAACUCAGUGAAGCUUUUGAGGCCAGUUUUAGUAAGCAAGCAAGUGAGGAGGAAUACUGCCCGUGUGACUCUUGUGUCAGGAAAAAACUGGCUUCCAAGCCCCCACGAAACCCAGUGGUGGCCACCAAUGCUCCAGUCAUGAAAGCAUUUGAUUUACAGCAAAUCCUGAGAUUGAAGAAAAAUGAUAAUGAGGAUGCCUGUGUCUCAGAAGCAGCUCAGGACAUCACAGAAGAAAAUGAAGCAGAAUUAAAUACAGUUGGCAGCUCGGCCUUGAAUGAAGAUGGAGAAGGGCGUGAAAGAUCAGAGAACAAAAGCUGUGAGAUGGAGAAUGAGGUCAAAGAUGAUGAAACCAAAGAAGAAGAAAAGGAAGAAGCAGAAGUAGGGGACGAAACAAUAGAGGGAGAAGAAGAGGAUACAAAAGAGGAGGAAGAACAGGAAAAGGAGGAGGAAAUAAUGGAGGCAGAUCCUGAUGGAGAUGGUGCAGAAGGAAAGGAAGCAGCUGAGCAGGAUGAAGCUGAGUCUGAGGAAGACACAAACCCAGAAGGCGUAUGUCCAGCUGAGGAGGGAAACGCCAGUGAAGGCGGCGACAAAUUUGAUGAGAACGAUGAGGAGCCUGCCAGCGAUGACCCUGACAAGGCACAGGGAAAACAGAAAGACAAAGGCCACAAGUUUUCUAAGAGAGCCUCAACCCUCAGAGGCAAAAAAGCCAGCAAAAGGCUCGAGACUCUGAACAAAGCAGCCUUCUCUUGUUACUCUUCUGUAGGAAAUUUCUCACAGCAGUCCCAGAAGGGCUCUGAAGAUGAAGGUGAAGAGGAAUGCAAUGAAGACAAUGACCCCACGAGCAGCCAUCCCAACGCAGAGGCUCCAAGCAGUGAGAGCAGCAAACCCUCACAGAUGUAUCCUGAGAGUGAGGAAGAAGACAAAGCCUCUUCAUGCACUGAUUCUUUAGGGGAUGAGGACCAGGCAGGUGCUGAAGUGUUAUCAACAAUUCCCAUGCACUGCGCUGCCGCGCAGGAAAAUAACACCUGGCACUGGGCUUGUAUCCCGUCUGCAGGGGCCACGGGACGAACAAUUAGCUCUGUGUCUAUGGUAUGGCACACGGCGAACGGGGAAGGAAACCUGGGGCAACCGCACAAUGGACGGGGAAGCCUCGGAGGAACAGUGAGCCGCCGUGAUUGGAUUCGCUGCUCCGACUCCGCGGCGGAGUGUGGAGACUCGCGAGUGUUUGGCGCCCUCUGCUGGCUCAGCGGUAAAUCACAGGGUCCCUUGCGUUAG